AUGGGGUUGGCCGAGGAGGUGCUGGGUGGGUCCGGGUCUGGAUCUCGCAGCGAGCCGGACGCGGAACGACUGCCAGGCUGCGCUGUCUGCAUCGUCAUCACUGUUUCUCCCCUCAGAAGAUGUGUUUGUGCGAUGCCGCGAGUAGCGGAUGACGAUGUCAGUGUGGUGGUGAUGCUGAUGGUUCGAGAGAGCAACACACCAACACACGCUCAGACCAUCUUGGGAAGAUCUGCUGGCUCCGGUUGCCGAAAUUCCCAAUAUUCGGAGCGGCCAAAAAUCGAAAACUACGAAUAA